UCUCUGGUGUGGAAGCUGUGAUAUGAUCCGGCUGUGUUUACUCUGAAGGGCUGACGCCAGAGAGGACUGAGCCUGUUCACAGAGACCGGGGAGGGAACCGGACUGUGCAGAACUUCCCUUAGACAGCAGGUGACUUACUUACAGAACACGCCGACACCAAGUGAAGACAUGAGGGUGAAGACAUGAAGACGUGAAGACAUGAAGACAUGAGGGUUAGCGUUAGCGUUAGCAGCAGGAGCCGGAUGGAGCUUGACUUGUUGUGACAGGAAACAUUCCUGAACGGCUUCGAUGAUGAUCAGCUGUGACCUUUGACCCCUCACCUGCAGACUCACCUGCCCUGUCCACCUGAGUGGGGGGGGCGGGGCCCGAGGAGCCGUCGCCAUGGCAACAACCUCCUCCCUGCUUAGCAGAGGUCUGGGUCUGGUUCUGGUGGAGUUCCAGUAUGAGUACCAGGGCCGGGACGGUGCGCUGGUCUCCAUCAAACCCAACGAGCGCUACGUGCUGCUGGCCAAGAGCAACGACCACUGGUGGCAGGUGCAGAGCGACCACGACCGCGGCUCCAAGCCCUUCUACAUCCCCGCCAAGUACGUCAAGGAGCUUCCGCCGGACGUCCCCUCGCCGCUGGACUUCCACCCGCCCAGUCCCAGUCCUGACCCGGUGCUGCUUCCUGCAGCCGCGCCGGUCCCGGUCCCGGUCCCGGUUCCCGUUCCCGUUGCAAAGACUCUGGACCAAGUUUCCGGUAAUAAAGCGGUGCUGGAGGAACCCAGAACCAAACCAGCGGACGAGGUUCUGAUCCGGCUCAGACCCGACAGAUACCGGAAGACCGAGAACCGCAUGUCCACGUUUGGAUUCCCGCCGGACGUCCACGACGCCUCCCCCUUGACGGCGCCGCGACUUCCCAGCAGCCUUCCCAGCAGCCUUCCCAGCAGCCUUCCCAGCAGCCUUCCCAGCAGCCUUCCCGCUGGUCCUGCAGAUAAACCAACGGGCAAACCAGCAACGGGCAAACCAGCAACGGGCAAACCAGCAACGGGCAAACCAACGACGGGCAGCGUGACUACAAACAUGGCCGACAGCGCCGUCAACAAGAAGCUCCCCGUGUUCUUGGACGAACACAAAGACUCGGACAGACCCAGAGUUCCCGGUUUCAACCCGGCGGACCCCGUCGUCGUGGCGCCGCGGCCCCACGCCCCUCUCAUCGCCGUGGCGACGCCGUCUGUCCCCGUGGUUACCGCCGCACCCUCACCAUCCACGGCUUGCCAGGACACGCAGGAGUCGCCGAUAGAGACGGAGGAGGAGGAGGAAGAGGAAGAGGAGGAGAGAAAAGGAGACUCGCUGAAGGAGGAAGAAUCAAACCACAUCUACGAGUCAAUCCAGGACCUGAACCUGGACCUGGACACUCUGAUUGGAGGACGGGAGAGUCCUGCAGCGCCGCCUCAACCCCCAGCCCCACCCCCAACACAGAUUGGUCCUGAGGCGGCCCCGCUCUCGCCCGUCUACGCUAACGUCUCCUCUCUGAAGAAAGCGUCCCUCCCUCAGAUCUCCGUCUCUGGCCCCGCCCUCCCGCCAUCGCCGCCACCAGGCCCCGCCCCCUCACCACCAGGCUCCUCCUCUGGGAUGAUAAGCCCCGCCUCCCCGCUCCACCCACAGGAUGGCUGGCAGGUGCACACAGACCAGGACAGUGGGAAGGUGUUUUAUUUCCAUACUGUGAGUAAACAGACCACGUGGUCCGACCCCCGUGGGGCCACCCCCCCGCCGUCUGCAGACAUGGACCGGUCCAGAGGGUGCUCCCCAUCCCCCUCCCCUCUGCUCUCCCCCGCCUCCUCGCAGGGUUCCUGUGUUUGGGAGCAGCUGGUGGACGAAGUCUCUGGGAGGUUUUACUACUACAAUCCCGCAUCAGGAGCCACGUCCUGGGACGCCCCGGAGCCGCCGUCGCCCUCCUCACCCCCAGGAUCCACCACCAACAGGAAGCCCACCGCAGGCCCGCCUCCGCUGCCAGAGGAAGAUUAUCCUGUUAACCACCACAAUGACACCGUCUUCACAACGAAUCCUCAGCAGCAGCCAGCGGUGGUGCCGCUGAUUCCCAGAGCCCAUCUACAGGAGAUUCCGUCUCUGCCCCAGAGGCUGAUGGGAAACGGAGUUUCUGAGGAGGGAACGACGGCGUCGGCCAGGAACUGGAGACACAGCGUGGCCGAAGACACGUUUGCUCCGAGCCACCGGAGGAACGUCUCCGACUUCACCGACAUCUCCGUCAACAGACAAUCUCCAGACAGUCAACAGCUUCCUGACAGACCCGCCCUGAAGAGGAAUCUGUCCGACCGGAGCGUCGGCUCCCGCCAGCCACACGGCCAUCUGCUGGAGAAAGCAGGCAUCAUGAAUAAGACCAAAGUAGCCGAUAACGGCAAAAAGAUCAGGAAGAACUGGAGUCAGUCGUGGACCGUCCUGCACGGAGGGAUCCUAACCUUCCACAGAGACCCCAAAUCUGCCCCUCCUGGGACCGCUAAUAAAUCGUCUCAGAUCGUUCCGGAGUACACGGUGGAGUUGCGAGGAGCCUCGGUGGGUCGCGCCGCCAAGGACAAGUCCUCCAAGAAGAACGUCCUGGAGCUGAAGACACGUCACGGCUGCGAGUAUCUGAUGCAGUACGACACGGAGAGCAUCAUCACCGACUGGCUCAAAGUGAUGCAGGACACCAUCAAACAGCUGGAUCAGGGUUAUCUGACGGAGGACGAGGACGAAGCUGCUUCAGAUAAAGAGGACAAAGACAGGAAGAGGACCGCGAGCCGGACGUCAACAGGAACCGCCGACUCAGAGCAGACGCGAGUUCGGACCAAACUCCGGCGCUUCCUCCAGCGAAGGCCGACGCUGCAGAGCGUCAAGGAGAAGGGCUAUAUCAGAGACAACGUGUUUGGCUGUCACCUGGACACGCUCUGCCACAGAGAGAACGCCACCAUCCCAAAGUUCCUGGAGAAGUGUAUCCGAACGGUGGAGAGGAGAGGUCUGGACGUAGACGGGAUCUACAGAGUGAGUGGGAACCUGGCUGUGAUCCAGAAGCUGCGACACAGAGCAGAUCACGAGGAGCACCUGGACCUGGAGGACGGCCAGUGGGAGGAGAUCCAUGUGAUCACCGGAGCUCUGAAGCUCUUCCUGCGGGAGCUCCCCGAGCCGCUGUUCCCCUUCAGCUGCUUCGACAAGUUCAUCGCCGCCAUCCAAGUCCAGGACUACAGCCUGAGGGUGUCCUACAUGAAGGACCUGGUUCGCUCUCUGCCUCUGCCCAACCACGACACCAUGGAGCUGCUGUUCAAACACCUGCGCAGGGUUAUUGAGCACAAGGACUCUAACAGGAUGUCAGUUCAGAGCGUUGCCAUUGUGUUUGGCCCCACGUUGCUCCGCCCGCAGACUGAGUCAGCCAACAUGACGGUCCACAUGGUGUUCCAGAGCCAAAUAGUGGAGCUCAUGCUCAACGAGUACCACACCGUCUUCUCCCAGAGUUAAAGGAAACAGACCUCUUCUCCCAGGGGGAGAGGAACCUCCAGAACAUCCAGAACCUGCGACGGUUCUCCGAGAAGCCUCCCAACCACCGCGAGACCUGCCAAACAUCUUCCAAAGUGUCUCCGGGUACAUCUACACUGCUACGUUUUAGUUUAAAAAGGAAGAUCUUCUGCUACGUUUCACCUUCUCAUUCCCCCUGCUCUGGUGUUUGGUGUUUCCCCCUUUCAUUCCCCCUGCUCUGACAUUUCCCCCUCUCCUUCCCCCUGCU